GAUCCUCCCCCUUUACGGAUUAUUCAACAAGUGACCAGACCUAUUAUGUCAUCGGAAGCAACAGGAGGUCUAACAGAGAUCUAAAGGGAGGGAUUAACUUGUUUUAAUGCACUGCAAAAAAAGAGCCCGUUGUGUGCCUACUGUUUACUUCUAGAAACAAAUGCUGUGAAAUAGCGGUGCCGAGGGAAAGCAAGCUGUGCAGAGGAUUGCAAUUUCAGCGUGAAUCUCCUGGUCCCGACACGAACUCAAAACAGAAGCAUGGACAUUCCUGGCAAAUGGAGAGUUUGACGUUAUUGUGACAAGUCACUGCCCAAGAGAAGAAGACACAUUUCCAGGGAAGGACACUGUCGGCUUUAUCUUUUUUUUUUACUAGUAUUCCUCUACACUAUCUCUUUUUUAAAAACUUUUUGUAAUAUAGACAGGAUUUUUUUUAACGCAAUUUUGGAAAUGGGGGACAAAAAUAUUAACUUAUUUGUAGAUUGUAGUUAAGACCUCAAAUAAGUUAUUAAUCUGCCGCGGAUAUAAUUAACCAGGUGUCAGAUAACAUUAUUAUAAAGCUUUGACGUUAGAAAAUAACAAUGUCGGGAUGUGGGGACAAUAUUGAUGUAACUUCAAUGAAUUUGAUAGUACAAAGAAGCAAAUACAAUAUUGCACGUUCAGUAGAAAACUAAUAAUAAUAAUAAUAAUAAUAAUAAUAAUAAUAAUAAUAAUAAUAAUAAUAAUAAUAUUACUAUAUAUAAUAAUAUUAUAUUGUAUUACUUGUAUUGUAACACUUGAAAUGUAUUUGCUUACGAUUGUAAGUCGCCCAGGAUAAGGGCGUCUGCUAAUAAAUAAAUAAUAAUAAUAAUAUCCACAGGACAUUACGGUGUUGGGUACUGAAGCCUGGGGACGGCUCAUGCAUGCUGAAUUGCAAUACCCAAGCAGUCUAGAAAGACGACAGUGGCAGUAUGGUGACGGAACGGACUCUGCUUGCCGCAAGACAGGGCGACGUGGACACCUUAAAAGUGUUGUUUGCUGAGAAGGUCCUGCACGCCGGCAUCAAGGACACGCUCGGGGCUUCCCCGGUGCACCACGCCGCGCGAGCCGGGAAGCUCACCUGUCUCCGUUACCUGGUGGAGGAUGCGGGUCUGCCCGGGAACAACCACGCCAGGAACGGAGCGAGCCCGGCGCACGACGCCGCUGCCACCGGCAACCUAGCAUGCCUUCAGUGGCUUGUCACCCAUGGAGGUUGUGGAACGGAGGACCGAGACAGCUCCGGGGCCACCGUGCUUCACCUCGCGGCUCGGUUUGGCCACCAUGAGAUCACAGACUGGCUCCUGAAGGGCGGAGAAGGGGACCCCAGGGUAGCCACGGACACAGGAGCCCUUCCUGUCCACUACGCAGCGGCCAAAGGAGACCUCCCCUCGCUACGACUGCUUCUGGGGCACAGCCCGAGUGUGGUCAAUACUCAAACAAAGAAUGGUGCCACUGCUCUUUACCUGGCUUGCCAGGAAGGUCACAUGGAGGUCGUCCAAUACCUGGUGAAGGACUGCGGGGCGGAAUCUCAGAUAAGAGCCAAUGACGGGAUGACACCACUGCAUGCCGCCGCCCAGAUGGGGCACAACACUGUCAUUGUGUGGCUGAUGAGCUUCACUGAUACCAGCCUGGCAGACCAGGAUGACGAUGGUGCCACCGCCAUGCACUUUGCUGCCAGUCGUGGCCAUGCCAAGGUCCUGAGCUGGCUCCUGCUCCACGGAGGGGAGAUAACCAGCGACCACUGGGGAGGGACGCCCCUGCACGACGCGGCCGAGAACGGGGAGCUCGAGUGUUGCCAGAUUUUAGUGGUGAACGGAGUGGACCUGGGGAUCAGAGACCACGAUGGCUUCUCAGCCGCAGACCUGGCUGAAUACAACGGACACACGCAGUGUGCCAAAUACCUGCGCAACGUGGAAAACAUGAGCGUGGAGCACCGGGUGCUGUCCCGGGACCCCUCGGCAGACCUGGAGUUCAAGCAGCCCGACUCGGGGAUGUCCUCCCCCAACACCACCAUGUCAUCCUCUGCCCAGCAGGCACGCUUCGACAUUGGCUCCCCCUCCAGCACCCUCUCCAACUACGACUCCUGCAACUCCAGCCAGUCGAGCACGGGAGAGAAGAGGAGCGGCUCUGUGGGGGCUCGAGGGCCAGGAGCUCCGGAGACUGCCAUCACAGACAUGCAGGCAUACAUGGACAUGCUGAACCCAGACCUGGGAUCAGAGGCACAGAAGAAAGGAGCCCCCACAGCCCCUCCUCCACCCUCCUUCUCUCCCCCUCCCCCUCCCUCCGUCACGCCGACCUCACUGCCCCCCCCUCCCAGCUACCCGGCACCCAGCCCCCCCGAGGACCAGCCCUCAGCGGAGAUAUACCUGCAUGUCAAGAACAACCUGCGGCAUGUGGAGAGCGGGGCUCUCAAGAAGGAGCUGAUUCUAGGAGACAGCACCCCAGAGAGAUUGAGAAGAGUCGACUCCAACAGGAAAUCCAGAAACUUCAACAAGCAGCCGAGUACUGGGGAUUACUACAAAUCACUCGGCAGCAACACGGCGGACAAACCGGCGAGCAGGGCCAUGGCACCCAACGAGAAGGGGUCUGUCGUGCUUGAAGAAGCAGCGGCGAGUGGGACCAGCCAGCAGAACGGGACCUCUGAGGUGCUGCCAGCCCCCCCACCUCCUCCCCCUCUCCCAGAGAGCAUGCCUACUCCUCCCCCUCCCCCUCCGCUGCCCACCGACACGCCCCAGGAUAACAGCGCCCAACGACGACCGUCCUCCUCUGCAGGCAAAGCACUCAGACAAAUGAAAAGUACAAAGUCGUUCAAUAUGAUGUCUCCGACGGUUGAUAACUCGGAUCUGCUGGCGGAAAUCAAAGCUGGGAGGAAUUUGAAGCCAACACCCCAGGCUAAAGGGUACACCACUGUCUACACUGGCAGCGGGCAGACUGGCCCAAACGCAGAGGUCCCUGCAUCUCCACCCCCGACCUCAACAGACCCAGUAAGCCCAAUAGCUCCUACUGCCCAGCUCUCAUCCACAGGCCCCACAGCGACCACCACCACCCCCACAGAGCCCCCUGCCACCCCCACACCUCCCCCCAGCGAUAGGCAGAGCCCCAAGUCCCUGGCAGCAGCCCUGACUACAGAGCAGCAGCCCACCCCCGUGGUGGUGAACGGGAAUGCAGAGUCCAAACCACCCAGCCAGAUGAGCCUGGCAGACAUGGAGGCCCUUGUGCCCACCCACGACGAGGGCGGCAUGCCCAUCCCUGAGUGGAAGCGGCAGGUGAUGGUGCGCAAGCUGCAGCUCAAGAUCCAGGAGGAGGACGAGAGCAGGCGAAAGGAGAAAGAAGAAGAAGCUCGCUUAGCAGCUAUGCCUGCCUGGAGGAGGGAAAUAAUGAAGAAGAAACUGGAAGACGAAAAGGAGCAAAAAAGACAAGAGGACGAGAGGACAAAGAAGGAGAAAGAUGAAGAGGAGAAGGAGCAGCUGGAAAAAAUCCGAACCCUGGGGUAUGACGAGACUAAACUGGCGCCGUGGCAACGGCAGAUCAUCCUGAAGAAAGGAGACAUAGCGAAGCAUUAGGAAAGCGCUAACAUUCUCCGCACUGAGUGAGAGAGAGACACACCUAGUACCUGUCUAGAUAAAACAUACAUACACCUGUGCUGUGCAUAGAGGGAGCCACUCACGCUGUACUGUCCCACCCAGGACUCCAUUCACCACGCUGCACACUGCAGUGGCAUCACCAGCUCUAACGAUGUGACUGCAGGGCUAAGGAAUCUGGCUCUUCUGGGUGCUUAGCAGAACUCAAAAAACACAGAUUAACCCUUCAACGACUGGCACAGAGUUUAACCUCCUCUCUCUCUCUCUCUCUCUCUCUCUCUCUCUCUCUCUCUCUCUCUCUCUCUCUCUCUCUCUAGGCUGUCAUAGGUUCGCUGUGUAAACUUUUUGGUUUCUGGUUUGGGGGGUAUUCAGUACUAAAUUCUUUUGACAUGGUGAAACGAUGACUUUAGACACAUUUUUAAUCUACCGUUAAUUAAGUAAAGUAAAUCAGAAAGGCAGCAUUUUUUUCACAGCAUUUUUUUUAAGUUUGGGUUGAAGGAAAACAUAUUGAACUCCAUACACCAGCUAAUAUUGCACUCCAGGUUAAGUUAAUUAGGGGUGUGCAGAAAGAUUGAUUGAAUACCUGCCGAUGAUUUUAAAUAUUUCUUAAAGGCAAGUACCAGUUUCUGCUCACCCCUGUAUGAAUAUCUUCUCAAAGUAACCAAGUAACGGACUGUGAGAUGCGCAGUCAUUUCACUUCUUUAUGGGAAAUCGCUGUGUUGUAAAACAAUUAAUAAAACAGACACAUGAACUUCAUUAUAUAGUAACAAGCAGGCAGAUGUCCUUGUUACCGUAUAGGCAGAAAGGACACCGGAACGAACUAGCUGUUGACCGUGCUGGGGGGUGACUGGGCUGCUGUACAGCACUUUGGUUGUAUUUCCAAUCUCCCAAUGUUUUUCAUUUACUCUUCUGAGCCUUUCUUUUUACUGCUAAGAGCAGCAGGACCAACAGGCUACUAGAUUCACUAGCACAGACCGAUUUCACCCCCCAAAGUGUGCUGAAUGUGUGUUUUCUGAAUGUUGUACAUACAGCAUGGGCCGAUCCCCUGUAUAUGUACGCUAGAUUUGCAAAUAAAGAUUAUAUAUAUAAAUAUUUAAGAAUAAUUCAUGGAAUAAAGAUGUUUCCUUGUUGGGUAAACAUUCAGGAACAUUAAAUUCAUUGGAUGCCAUAUUGAUGUUGAAGCAAAAAAGAUAUCUAUUAAAGCAGAGUUAUAUAACAUCAUUGCCAUUAGCAGAUUUUCUAUAUAUCUAUAUAUAUAUAUAUAAGAGAGAGACUCGUAUGCUAAAAUCCUGUAUAAUGUUUCUUUCUGUCUUUGUCUCUUAUCUUCUGCAGCCUUGCUUAUGUAGCAUCUUGGUAUAUUUGUGUAAAAUAAACCCAAGAAAAAGGCAUUUUCUGGCUCUGUCACUUGGGAUUAAAUAAAUCUUUAAUCAUG